CUGUUUGGACACCUGUGCUAGGAUAUUAUUACACACAGUGCUCUGGUGUUGGGAGUAUUUUGUCCUCUUCUGUGACAGCACAACUACUGACCACUGACAUUCACCCUCUCUCUAAAAAAGUCCUACAUUAGUUGAUACAGCAACUUAUAGUGCAUCACCCCAAGGUUACUUUGCUUGUUUUGCCAAAUGCUAUUGGACUUCCAGGCCAGACAGGACAAGGGAAGAUGGCACCUUGCAGUCUGCUCCUGUCCUUCCCCUUUGCUCCUUUUGAAGGUGUUUAUCUUUUGAAAGUCUACAAACCUCCAGAGACAUGGGCUUAAUCCUUCUACUAGCAGAGUUCAACUAAGAUCGAAAAAUGCUGAAAGUCAGAAACAUCCAGGGACACUGCUUCUGCUGAAUCUACAUCACUGGACUAUUUCUACCUCCUCGCUAAAGACGGUCAGAAAUGAUGCCAAAUGCAAGCAUGAGAGGGAGUUGUAAAGACGAGAAGCAAAAUUACAUGGAAGAGAAGAAAGUUUCCUUCAGCUAUUCUGUAAGAUGAAUCAACGUGCAGCAGCACCGUGUGGAGGAAUUUCUUUGUGCUUGUGAAUUGCAAACAGCUGGAACCAGCCUACACAGUCGUCUGCUUAUUUGACACUUCAAAUUAAUCCUUUGGAUAACUCAUUCAUGAAUCCCAUGAACAAUGCAGGGAAAUAAGAAACAUACAGAAGGACACAGUGACUCCUCAAGUAUUGGGAGUCUCCUGGACGACACAGACAGAGAGGUAAGCAGCCUCACAGACCGAGCUUUCAAAAGUUUAUGUGUGGCAGAACUCGAAGAUUCUUACAGUGAAACAGAUCUUGCCAUUUCACCUGACUUCGCCCUACAGUUCUCUGCUAAAUUUAACCCAGAUACAUUAAACCAUGCCAUCAAGAAAAGCAAUGUCUAUAACAAGCUAACAGCAAGAAAUAAUGAACAGACAGUAUGGGCUUCCACAUUCCAGCAGUUACCAAAGAAUGCUCCAGAGGAGCAAAGGAUAGCUAAAAAUGACACCUUUGCCAUGGAAAAGAAAAAGCUGACUUUGCCAGUCACUGGUCCAAGGAACAAUAAACAUGUUUCAAAAGUGUCCUCGUUGAUUAAGACAUUUGAUAAGAGUGCAGACCAAGGGUCACGAGGUUCCCUGAUAGCCAUCAAGCAGCCUAUUAAGAAUAGCCUUCAAAAAUGUAGAUUAAAUCAUGGAAAUGAUAUGGCUUGCUGGGAUGACAGAGAAAUUUUAAGCAUCCACAAGGAACCUCCUGAAGUUUCCAAAGCUAGUCAAGGUAGCCACUGUCUCAGUGGCAAACAGGAGCCACAGAAAAGACUUAUUGACCUGAGUUACUGUGGCUCUGAUGGUUGUUAUCCUGUGCUGAUUGAGAUGUCAAAAGUAGCCAAGUCAAAUUUUUCCCGUUCCUCUAAAAAGGCUUUAAAAAACAGAAGUGUGAAAGUUAAUGAGCCAGCAAAAAAAGGUAAUUUUCUUCACAGUGAGAACAGUGCUUUUGAAUCAUGGAAUGUUCAUCACAAAAAAAUGGCAGAAAAGGAGGAAUUUUUUGAUAUAAAAAUGAAAAAGGAAGGACUUACAUACCUGCAAGAAGCACCGUUUAUUAAAGAAUCACACACACAUGAACAUAAAUUGCCAUCUGUCAAGACCACUGUUGCUAAGAAGCAGGAGAAAGAGUUUGAGAUGAAGCCUACUCCACCAGAAGCUACUUUCAGCAUCCCUCUCCCAGCUGUAUAUGUGCCUCAGAGCCCUCUCCCUUCAGAAACCAAAUUUGCUGCUGCUCUUCCUCCCGCACCCCCACCUCGGAUCCAUGCACACCACGGUCCCCCUCGGCCACCUCCUGUCCCACAGGCACUUCUUCCACCCCUCACCCAGCAGGGCCGUCCCCCAACACCCCCUACCCUUGAAGCUCCUCCUGUGCCACCACCUCCGGUGCCAGCUCAACUUUCCCCACCUGCAAUGUCCCAAGCCUCCAUCUCACCCCAGUCUGGGUCCUACAGGAUGACUUCACCCUCACCCACGUGCCAGGCACCCAGCCCGCCUCCAAGACCCCUCGCCACCUUACCUGAAGAGGAGGCCCUCAAUCCCCCAACCUGUCCACCCUGGAGGAAACAGAGAACUAUAAAAGGGGCAGCAGAGAGGAGACAGACUUUAAAGGCGACAUUCACAGCCAGUGACGAGACAUGCUCAUUGUCUGAAAAGGUGACUGGUGCCAAAACUAGUCUGGAUGAGACUCCUCAGCCUAAACAGGUAAGCUCCCCUGGAUCCAUUAGUCCCUCUUUCAACAUCACGGAACUCUUAACACCCAUCAUACCAGCAAAACAGGAGGUGGAUGCUGUUGGAAGUGAGCUGAUCCCACUGACACCUCCUCCCACUGAGAGUACAGCAUUAAGAGACCAUGAGGAGAGCACAUUUGGUGAUUACAGGUCUCGGGAUAGUUAUAAAUCAAAAGUAUCGAGCCUGUUAUUCAACUUGAAGGAUGUCCGUAAACGUGUUAAAAGCAUUUAUACCCCUUCUCCCCUGUUAAGGGCCUUGGAGGAGAAAAAUAAAACCAGGGAAAAUAUACAGGAGAGUACGAAAAUGAAUGCCUCGCUCUUGACUUUACAAGAAAAAAGUGACAAAAAUAUUACAGAAAAAGAUGAAUUGGGUGAUAUAACCUCCAUAUUGUCUGACAGAGUUUAUGAAAAGGACAAUAAAACUGAGUUACCUGGACACUUUACAGACAAUUGCCUGACUUUGAGUUCACCUCAGACAACAGCAGACCCUUUAAUUUACCAAACUGAAGAAAAAUUGCAGCAAGAUGAUUCAAAACACAAAGAUUUGGUUAAAAACACAAGGGAUAAUGAAAAGCUCCUCUUGUUCAGACAUGACUUAGAUGACCUUGAUUUAAGAAAAUAUCUGCAGCAUCCAACACUGAAGCCAUUCAGUAAAGACAAUGCAGAUACAACGGCUGGGCAGCUUGUGCAAAGCCACAGUGUCCAGGGUGAGGAAAAUGAGAGCCGGGUUGCUAUUCAGAAUGAAAAAAUUGUCUUCAAAACACUCCCAAACCAACUCUCACCAGCAGAGAAUGUGCCUUAUGGUGAUACUCAAACCAAUAUGGUGGUACCUGGCUAUGAAGCGCAAGGCAAAAGAAGCACUAGUUCCUCAGAGCAAUCUUUUGUCUCUACAGUAGAGCAGCCACUUCAGGAGGAGUCAUUUCCACCAGUUCCCUUGAUGCAGAAGGCAUGCCUUCAAGAAAGCCAGAGGACUGAGAGUGAUGUGGGUGCAGACAGUAAGGAAAGCAACAAGGAGAGUGGAAGAGAGGUUGGGGAAGAUGAACCGCAAUAUUAUGCUGGUAGUGGUGCAGCAGAGAAGAGGGAGGGGAAUAUUACUGGGGAUAUACAGAGGAGCUUGAUGAAAGAGAAACUAAAGGGAGAGAAAAGUGAAGAGGCCAACAGCAUGGAUUCUGCUUCUGAUGGUAUAAGGGACAUGUCUGUCCCCAAGUCUGAGGAACCACAAACACCACCAUCUUCAAGCUCAACCAAACCCAGUCUGUUUAUGAUUAAAGAUAAUACAUUCAGGUCACCUCAGGUAAUAAGGGCUGUCAAGCUGCCCCUGUUCAGGUCCUUUUCCCUGGAUGAUACAGUGAGCAGCAGCUACAAAGAAAUGGAAUGUAGGUUUAUGCCGCCACCAGCGUGCAACGAGAAGCACCGAAACAUGUCGCAUGCCCAGGAGGUAGACUGCUCAGCAUCAAGGCGCAGAGGGCAGCAGAACGUGAGAGAUGGAGCAACUGACAGAGGGAAAGAGGCCAGUGAGGCUGGGUCCGCUUCAGCAACACUGGAUCCCAGUCCUCUGGAAGAUACAGAGAGCUUUUCAGAAGGGAAGGUGAUGGAAGAAGAUGAAGAAACUCGUGCUUUGUUAAAUAAAAUUGGGAAAAUGAAUGAGGAAAGUGUCUGCAGAAGGAAAGAGAAGCUCCAGACUAGGAAGGCAAGGCACAGUUUAACACAGUCAAAUAUAAGUCUGGGAAAUGACCAAGCACAUAACAACCCCAGCUAUCCCACAGAAAUAAAGACCAAUUACUUUAAGAAUCAUCAUUUAUCUAAUCGCAGAGGUGGCUCUUGUGCAAAAAAAAUAAUCACAAGGGAGACAAUUUCCCCUGUGACUGGCUCCAUAUCAGAGGACCAUACGUAUUCUCCUGUAUCCCACGAAGCCUUAGAGGACAUCAUACAUACAGAAGGUGCACCAGUUUUGUCAGACAGUCUUGCAUGCUCUGCUGUUACAAGCCCCAGGUCAGGCAGUACCAUGCACUCUCUUGCUGUCAGUUCUUCUUCAGACAAACUAACAAUGUCUGGCUUUAGAGGGACAGAGAAUGUAAUAAACCCUGCCUUGCUGAACGUAGCACUAAAGAGCCAAGCCAAUGUGGCUGCAGAAGAGAUACUUGAUUCUGCGGAGAAGAACCUACUUUCCUAUUGUAUAGGGGAAGCUGAGAAACUAGAGUCCAAGGGACUUGGGGAGAGAGCAGCAGGCAAGCCUCCCGCUGUGCCACCAAAAACAGAAAAGGCUUUGCGGCGGGCCAAAAAGCUGGCAAGCAGGAGGAAGAAAAUGCAAGAGCAGCAGCAAAAGCAUGAGACUGAGCAUACAGAUUCUGUAGGGAAAAAGUCUUCUCAUUCUGGACAGACACUAGCAUCUCCCUCACCCUUGCGAUAUUCUCCUCUCCAUCCUGCCCCUCACUCAACUUUCACAGAAACCAGUACAGCAAAACCCAGUGGAGUGUCAGCAGUAAGCCCCUCCCUCUCUUCAACCCAGCGUAAACUCCUCCAAGACCCUGACUCUGGCCAAUACUAUGUAGUUGAUUUACCAGCUGAAGUUAAUUUAAAGACAUUUUAUGAUCCAGAAACUGGAAAAUAUGUUCAAGUCUCAGUCCCUUCCACAGAAGGGAACUUGCACCAGCCUCCACCUCCAGAAAUUAUGAAUUCUCCCUAUGCCUCCUACCCUAGAGUGUUGCCUUUACCAGCUUCAUCUGUAGAAGUGCUGAAGUCACCUUCUCAGCUCUCUGAACCUACCUGGUUAAUGCCAGCUGUACCAGGAGAAGCAGUGAAAACACCUGAAGAUGGCCUGCAGGACUACAGAUAUGCUGAAGCUGUGGAUACCCAGCCCUGUAUUGAACCAGCCUCUUACCCCUACAGUCAAGAUGCUGAAGAAACUCAAGUUCACUUAGGAAAGGACAUGAACCCAACCUCAAAUACUGGCAUAGUGCCGCUCACCCACUUAGAUGAUUUUGCUGCUGAAGGAGUAUCUUGAAAACUGAAGUAACGAAACAUGCCAGAGUUUCUAAGAACCAUUUGGUCAGACGUGCACACAAAAGCACAUGCAGAUUUGAUGUUCGUACAACACUUUAUGUCUGAAUCUCAUUGUGGUUUGCAUGGGAAGGAAAUUGAAAGCUGACCACAUUGAAAGCUGCAAGGUGAUGAUAACUCCAAAGGAGUGUGAAAUUAAGUAAGCACUAAAUUAUUGGUAAGAUGAAGGGGCAAUGCCAGCUACACAAAUAAUUAUGACAGGAUGAAGCCACCGCUUGCUGCUGCUGCUUUGCCAUUACGAUGGUUGGUAUUGCCAAAGCAAAUGUCUUUUUGCCCAGAUGUGUUGCUCAAUAUAUGACAUGAAGUAAAACCUGUGAGACCAUCCUGUCCAUCCAAUGAGACCUAGGACAGAUGAUGCAUCUAUUGAACUUCUCUCACUCACUGCCUUUGAACCAUAUUGACAGGUAGAAAGCACCUCGCUAAAAAUAUGCAAUAAACCCAAGAUUCAUUUUCUGCACAUGUUGAUUGCCCAGAUGUUAUUAACAAGAUUGUAUACUGGGUGCACAACACAACAGCUAUGUCAAAAGAACUUUGAACAACCAGAAUACAGUUAGAGCUGCUUUAGACUUCUCAUGUAUUUUUGCAGUGUCCACUAACAUGCUGCUGAAUUCUUUAUAUUACUUGAUAAUCUUCAAAUAAGUUCCUUUAGGGUCAAGGUUAUUUAUAAUGCAGCUUAAAACUUCAACUUGUCUUGAUACUUUACCUGUAAUAUUUUGGUAAUGAGCAAGGUUGAAUUAAAUUUCAUAAUAGCAUUUAAUUUUUUCUUAGGAUUAGAAGACCUUUGCUUAUUAUAAUUGUCAUGGGUUUUGUUUUGUUUUCAGGCUUCCACUGAAAUACAACACUAACUUUUAAAACCUGAAAAACAUUGUACCUAAUUUUGGUCUUGUAGAUCUAUAAUUUAAAGAAAAAAAAAAACAAACCAAAAAACCAAACAUCUGAAGUAUAAAUUCCUAGAAAAUUGCUUCUUUGGAUUCUCAUUUUUCUUUGAAAGAUCUGUAACAAAAUACCACUGAUCCUUGCCUAAGCUUUUUUUUUUUUUUUCCAUCAUCAUAGAUAAUCAGAGAACCUUUGUGAAAAUGUGGAAAAAAUUAAGGAAAUAAGCGUGCUUAUAACUAUCUUUAUUUGGAUAUUGUUUUGCUUUUUCUCUCUCUCAUUUUCCUACUGUUUUCCCCAAUUAAAAUUGAAGUGCAGGAGCUCUAAGGAAGAAUUCUGUCAGUGACUUUCAGCCUGAUUCACAUCUCAGACUAUUUUUACAAGAUUGUUUUCAGUGAAGUGACUAAUGACUUCCUGAAAAGAAAGGGAAGAAUCAGGGCUUUUACUAAUAAAUACCAUGUAGAGAUGGGACAAAGGCGCUGCCCCACUCUCUCAGUUUUAGUAUUUAUGAUAGAGGUUUUCUUGCAUAAAUUCUUAUUUUCCCAGGACCAAGGCUGUUGUCAGGAAACAGACCAACACUUGGUUGUUUGGCUCCUUCCCUCACCUGAACUCAGCUCCCAGCCUUCCUCCAUCCCUGACAAGAGCUAUGCAUUCAGAACAUGUUCUAAUGCAGUUUUGUCAGUACUAAUUGCUAAAGCAUUUCCCUCCGAGGGUGUAGGUGUAGACACUAAGGGCAUCUCUUCCUAUAUUUCAGUGUGAUUUGAAUUUAGUCUUUAAUGAUUUUCUAAGGUUCAUUUCACCUGCAGAUUUGUGUUAGAUUGGCCACUUUGUGAUUUGGCAAGGACAGUUGCAGCAGAGGUGUGGGGUGGAUGUAGAGAAGCUUGUACUGGUUUGGUUGGAGUUUUGAGCACAUUCAGCCAAAUGCCUAUAUUUUAAUGAGUAUUUAUUGUUCAGUCUCCACCCUUGAAAAUUUUCAACACCUGAGUGGAUAAAGCCCUGGACAACUUGGACCGACCUCAAAACUGACCCUCCUUCAGCAGGAGGUUCAUCCAAACAUCUCCUGAGAUCUCUUGCAGCCUGAAUUAUCCUAUGAUCCUGUUAUGCAAACCCAAAAAAUUUUAAGCCAGCUUUGACUUAGAACUCACAAGAUGCUGUCUCCUCUGGGAAAGGCCUCAUUUUGAAAGAAAUAGAAAAGAAUUUGAAAACGAAGAGUUUCACUAACAAGGAUCAAUAUUCAGGUUGUUAAAUUAAGGGAAAUUACUUCCGUUAUUAAUAGUUUUCCUUUUUUUAAUCACAAAUAUUUUGCUAAACUGACAUGGUGCUAUUCAUGUUGCACUUCUCUGUUCCUGUCACUAUAUACUGCAUAAUGUCUACUCAGUAUAGAGCAGAAUGUCAUCUACAUGUUAAAAUAUAGAUAAAUAGAUCUAUUAAAGUUUUCCACGGUAUGUUUAGACAGAACCUUUGCAAUCUGAAAGACUAGCAGAGUAUACAAGCCUUUUUCUUUGGUUUGGUAUUACAAAUGUAAAUGCCCUUAGCAGCCUCAAGUCAAGAAGUAGGCAGGCUCUCAGAUGGUAGAAUAAAUCUUGCUGUCCAAGGGGAGACUGUGGAUACAAAGUAUCCGCACAGAUAUAAAAAAAAUGGUACUUUGAUAAGCAAAAUAUACAACUGCAUUAAAAAAAAUCCCUUUUGCUUAGUUAACUGUUAUUUGUUUUGUAGAUAUACACACUUCUGAACCCAUUUUUUUGAGGGCCACCUUAAACUGGGAGAGAAUGAGAUCCUCCAACAUACUGUAAUACUUCUAGGUAUGUGAGGAAAGCAGGGUGUAUUUUUUUACUUUACUGUAAAGGCAAAGUGAAAUACGGGCAUGUGAAAAGGAGCCAGUCCUAACUUGCAUACCUAAUACAUUUCAAGUAGGACUUCUUCAUUUUGAACAACUCUUUCUGUUAGCUGAAGGAACUGCAUUCACUGCAGACUGUGUCUCUAGACUUGCAUGUGUCCCAGAGGGAGUUUUGACCUAGAGAAUUUGUAGCCAAACAAACACAGCACUGGGGGAGUUUUGAAAACAAAUAUGAAAGUGGUUCUUGUUGUGUAUCCAGAGCUUUCCUUAAAGCAUGUCACCACAAGGAGGGAAUGAUGUUGUACAGGUGUACAAGGUCCCAGCACAAUAUUGAUGUCGUUUGAGAGUGAACCCACCAGCAAACCUGCCUCUGGCCUAGACCAUGUUGUUGGCCAACUUCUUGCUAGGGUGUGGGAGUGUACAUACACACCUGCACAUGCAAACACACAAACAAACCUAUAUAUAUAUAAAAUAUUGUUUAUAUUUACACAUAUACCUAUAAAAAUGCCAUUUCAUAUCAGUAUAAAGCAGCAGUAAUGCCUACAAAGGUGGAUACAAAAUGUUUGUGUAUUAAAAGAAAAACAAAUGACAGCUUUUCAAAUAACAAUUUUCAUUCUUUUCUUAUCCUUUUCUGUUUGUGUUUGUUGGGGGUUUUUUCCAUUGCUGCUGUGGAAAACAAAGAUGGAAGAGGUCAUUACUAGGCAAAAUGAAAGCUGUGAAUUGACCUCUUUCUUUUAGGGAGAGGGCACUAUGGGAAAUGUGCAAUAAUCAUGAAAACAGUUGUAGGAAAGCACUGUUUCGUGAUGCAAAUGACAGUGACAUUAAAUCAUAGGUGUGUUGAGGCAAACUAAGCUGAAUUCUGCCUUGCCAGCAGCCAGUGGUUUAGACUAAAGAGCACAGCAGGCUCUUUGCAUGCACAGAAGCACAGCAAGCUGAAGGGAGGGCCAUCGAUUUCACUGCUCCCUUCUCCUGCGCGUGGCCUCUUUUGCAUUUUGCAUUCGUGGGUGUCCUGACACUCAUUUACAGCAGUGGUUCUUCCUUGGCAGAUGUGAAUGAGGCCAAACCUGGCUUACAUACUCUUUGGCUGUUGGGCCAGAACCACUUCCCUUUGAACCUCCUUCUCUUUCUGGGGCAACUGCGACACCUUCCAGUCCAGUUGUCACAUAGACUGACAUCCCACAACCAUGGCUCUUUCCCAAGAGCUCCGAUUUCCUUAUGCAAAAUACUGGGUUUGUUUUAGAGAGUGCAAUUUAAUUGAAAUGGCUUACAUGCAUGGAUUUUUUUCAACUCCUCCUUGGAUAUUUAGUGCCUUCCUAAGUCAUCUGUCCAAUAAAAUGUGUAUCAUUGGCACGUUCCAUCAAUGCACCUGUAUUUGCAAAUAAAUAAUUAUUUAUUAACUAAUAAACAAAAUAAACAAGACUUGUUUUACAGUACUUGAAUGACUUCUAGACAGCUUUUUUUAUUGUAAUUAUAUCUUAUUGUAAUUUUAUCUCCAAGCAGAAAGAGUCAACAACGUGAAAGUGUGUGUUUGUGCAUGCAUGUGUGUGGUACACAAUUAAAAGAUCUAGGAGAUGACUAAGUGCAGGGCUUUGUCCUCCUUCCUUACCCUCUUAAAGCGAGGGAGAAGGAGGUUAGUCAGAAACACCUCUGGGCCAGGAUUCCUGCAGUCAUUCCCACCCCUCCCUGCUGUGCAAGAGCAGCAGUCUGGCCAAAGGACCCUGCGGUUGUGGUGCCAGCACACGGUCCAGCAGCACUGGAAGAGGAUCACCUUCCCACUACCCAGAGGACAUCGGGGCUUUUGCAUUCCUUGUGCCACAUCCACUAGAGAGAAAUCACCAGGCCACACAAAUGGCACCCUGAGAUAAAAAGCAAUCCUUUCUGUUCCCGACACUGAUAAGAUGCAGAGGAUAUGGACUGGAUCUGGCCCAAGAGAGACUCUUUCUUCAAUUGCACUGCGAUGGCUGAAAGUCUGUUAGCAGAACUGGUUUCUGCUGGUGAGCGCUGCCUGCCUGGAUCAGGUCUCCUGAGAACACGUUCCCAGGGAAUGUGGGUAGAAACAUUUCAGAAUUAUUCCAUGCCAAACUGGCUGUAGCUUUGUGAACUUUCCCAAAGGAAAAGUCAGAAAGAAAUGAAAGGAGAAUUUCAUAUUGCAGUAUGAGACUUGUUGAUAGUACCUCCAUACAUGGAUAUACACUUACGUAGAGAUGUAUCUAGACAUGUCUACAUAAUUAUAGAUAUAGUAUUCAUGUUCUACUGAAGUGUCUGAGCGUGAUCUAAAUGGCAUCCUUGAAAUGUUCUUGCAUCUCCCACCAGUAAGUUUGCAUGUCCUGUUGCUUGCAGGGUCUGCCCCAAGGUACCUUAAGCCCUGGGCUUCCCAUGUUCCACUACCCAAGGGAGACAAAUGUUCACCUCUUUCCAUAUUCUUACCAGGACUAGGGAAUGUACCUGGGAUGCCCCGAUACCUCCGUUUCUUCUGGUGGAAGAGGAAGUGGUUGCCCUCAUAUAGACUCCUCUUGACAAAGGGGAUGCAGAUGGUGAGUCCCGAGCUGUCCCCCAGGCUAAGCCAGGUGGGACUGUAAAGGGAGAUGGAGAAGCUUAAUACUCUCCCUUUGUGAAACCACUGCACUAUCAGCCUGAGAUAGAUAAGACACACUUCUGGCAACAAGAUCAGCCUCAACAGUCUAACUCAGCAGUAUUACUGGCACUAGCCCUGAGCUGCUAGCAGUAAACUUCUUGCCUUAGCAACUAGAUGAGCCUGAACAUAAACAAAGCAGGAUCAAAUACCAGCUGGAACACUGGCCUAAAAACCUACUGACACAGCCAAGCCACGUGACUGCACCUUAGCAGGAAUUUUCCAAUAAACAGCUUCUCAGCUGAAAAAAACAGGCUUCUUUGACAAGAGUGAAACUGCUGGUAGAUAAAAGCAUGUUUGUGCUGGGUUUUUUUUGAACCGGUGUCUUCUGGGUUGGGAAAUUUGCUGAAAAAUUAUUGAGAAGUCCUCCUUUGAUGUUUGCAUGUAUGUAUAAAUGAACAGUCCUACGGCUUUUCUUUUGGCUUGUAACAACUUUAAAAGGAGUAAUUUAAAUAACAUUUAUUUUAAAGUUGAAAUUAAAUCAAAACUUUUCAAAUAUCUCAGAAAUUCUCCAGUAGUCCAGGUUGGUUUAUUACUUUGUGGUUUCUUGGCUUUUUUCUUUAAGUGUUUGGGUUUUGGGGCUUUUUGUUCUGUUUGGAAUGAGGAAGAGAUGUCACCAUUACCAAAAUUGCUAUAUGAGGAAAAAACGGUUUCUGAUCCAGUCACAAAGAAAUGUGCCUAGUGCCAGCUGCCACCAAUGAGAUUCUGCAGAUGUCCCACUUGCGCUGAACUGUUCAUAUCUCUGGAUACAGCUGCCUGGUGACCAGCUCCAUGCUGAUGGUCUCGUUAUUAAUACUGAGGAGAGGGCUAUUCCUGCUGCUAAUUAACUGUGUUAUCAAGUGGUAGGGGAACCUGGUUGUAGUUUUGUAUCCUUCUUGGCAUCCAGGACACGUUUAAUGGCAUGCAAUAUCUGCCUCCCUGGGGUAUACUAAGAGAGGUUAUCUGAUCGUACUCAGUAGGACUAUAACCACAUACUUGUCAAUUUUUAAAUUUCUCAUCAAAAAAACUCAGACCACAGCUUGGUCCUUGAAAAGCUUCCAGCCACAUUCACAUUGUGGAAGUGGCACUAAUGUAAGAGCAAUGGUAUAUUCAUAUUACACCUGAAGCACUUCAGAGAACGCAGCUUUGUCAGUAAAACUGAGCUUUGCACCAUGGCAGUAAGAACAUCCCAUAUAUAAAUCUCACACAAGUAGUAAAACAAAGGUUUUAUAGGUGUGACUGUGUCUGUCCUAUGGGCUUUUGCUGGAGCCGCAUUCUCAGCCAAGGCCGCUUAUGCCUGAUAGGACUGAACAGGAGGAAUCCUGUGUUUCUCACAGGCCAUAGAUAAAACCAUAUAAAUUCCAAAAAGUGUUUUUUAUUCCAGCUAAUCCUAAAUCCAGCCUGAAUCAAACUAAACCAUUGCUUAUUCUUAAUUCCCUCAAGUUAAUGCUCAUGUUGCUGUGUAUACACUGUUAACUAAUGCAGCGCACAGCAGACAUUGUCUCCCGUACCGUGCUGGGUUGUUUGAAACCUUUUCUUCCCCUCACUGCUUAUUGCUGUUUCUGCUGGCAGAAACACUUCACAAGGGCUCCCCAGUCUGCUCUGUGUGGUGCAGGAAGCUGAGUCACCUAACUGCAGGUCUGAGCCCUAAUGAAGGGAAAACCCACCAAAAAGAGAAGCAUCUGGGGUUUUCUAAGUGACACACACGAAUACCUGGCUGCUUGUUAUCUGUGUUAUUUGUCUGAAUAACAAGCUACACCUUUGAUCUGGAUUACUCCCAGGUUCAGCCCCUCAGGACAAGUAUUUGGGUAUUUCGCUCUCUGAGUGGGUUUUUGAAACUUUCCUUUCUGACCCUUGUUGGACUGUGAUUGUGAAUUCCUCCCUUAAGAUCCUCUGGCUCAGUCCCAGUUAGGUUUACCUCUAAAUGUGACUAAUGGUUUAGAGGAGCAAUAGAAUCAGCUCUUUCCUCUUCCUUCCCUGCCAGCAGCCAAUUUCUUGUGCACUGCUACAAAAAUAUUUCUAAUAAAAAUGAACAACUCCCAGGGAUGCUCCUAUCCCUUGUUGUGCCAAGGACUGGUGAUCACAUCAGCAUCUUGGUUCUCAAGCAUCUGCCAAAACUUGAUGGCUUCAGCCAGCAGAGUGGAGCAAGGGUGAGCCAGCUGUGAUAAAACAGCAGAGUUUAGGUUCCUGGGGAGUCUUCUUUGCAGAGAUGGGCUUCUUCAUUUAAUGGGGCUUGGAUCUUAUUUAACACAUCAGCUCAUGUACAGUGCGGGUGUAAAGAAGCUGUGUGUAUACAAUUAAAAAAAAAUAGUCUAUUCAAUACCUAGAGGAGUCCUAAUAAAUCUGCCGCUAUAGCAAGUGUUAGUCUCUAGGGCAGAUACUGAAUGCUGGAGUUUAAUAAACAAAAAUUCCGAAGCAGAAGAACUGAAAGGUAAACCAGUUCAGCUGUCAAAGCUAACACAAUUUAAUUAGAAAUUAAAAGUUUUUUCCUGUUCUGAGUAGUCCCAAGGACUAGCAUCUCAGACUGGUUAUACCUGGGCUGCCUUCUGAUGGCUGCUCUCAGGGCAUGUUUUCUGACCAUAUGAUCAGAGGUCUUCCAACCCAGGCUGAAAGGCACUGCUGAGGACACAGGAGCUUAUACCUGAAUAGAAUCUGGCAGCUAAUAUUUGCCCAGGUCGUCUGUGGAGCAGAAGAUAGGAAGCUGUGAAAGAUUACUUUCCAGGUGUCCACCUGUAUACAGCAUUAAUGCCAAAGGGGCUUGUGCUGGGGCUUAGAAUGCAGGAGAGUAACAACCUGUCCUUAGCCCAGCCCAGAGAACUGGGCAUUUCCUCUAUACAAGCAGAACUGUAGCAGUCUCAGAUGCUCCAGGGACUGUAGGGUGAUUUAGAUUAAGCUAUACUUUAACUGUCUGAGACCAGAAACAGCUUCAGAGCUGUUGCUGCUUUUAUGAGAAAAUAAGAAAUUAACUUUUGGACCCAUUGGAACAGAUUUGUGUGUGGGGGAUUAGAUGUGAAGGUGAUUCCACCUGCCGAAAAGGGCUGCCUUUUGUUGCUUUGCAUAUGAGAACUCUUCUGAAAUGACACAGGUAGUGUUGUUUUUUCCUUCUCUAUUUCAUGCUAUGGAUGUUACAAGAGUAUUGCAAAUACACUGACUACAGAACCAGACAUUGGUAUUAAAUACUGGAAGAGCUAUGCAGGUCAAUAUUUUAAAUCCUGUUGAAUUUUAGCUAUUACUAGUUUACCAAUGCAGACGUCACAGCUCAAAAAAAUGAUGCUGAGGCUUCUGAGAUAGCAGGCCAGAAUCUAUUUGUCUUGUGGCAAAGACCUUAGGGCAGGCAAUAAGGACACUGUGGUUAGAUUAUUAAGAUAUUGUCAACACAUCACUCUCAAAUAAGGCUGGAUUUACUAUAUGCCAAUGAAAUUCUCUUCUCAUGGGCCAGACCUAUAUAAAGGCUUCUUUGGUUGAUAUCAGGAAAAGAUUGUAUUUUGUGGUAAUAUGGUCACCCUAAGUCAAUAUUUCACAAGAGUGCAAAGGAAGUUUUUAAAUGGAAAGAAUAAAACAUCAUUUACUGCACUCUGCCGAGGCUGCUCUUUUAUUUAUGGCAGGGGUGUCAAACUCUUCAGUGGAGAGGUCUGAAUUAUGUACUCAGAGCUCCGGUAUCAAUUCA